CGAACCCUCAAAAGGAGGUCUCGCGAGGUGCGAGCUCGGCCCAUUGUCAUGUUGCCUAGUAACGGCGAGGACGCUUAAGAGUCUGGGACUCGCUUCAGCUGUGGUCCCGGUUAACUGAGACCAUGGGGGACGGAGGCAGUGGCCGAAAUAAUGCGCACGAGCUGUACAAACUGAAGCAGCGAGCUGUGGAGUACUAUCGAACGAACAAUGUGCCCCAACAGCUGGAAGACUUGCUCAACUCUACCUUUUACCUCCAGCCGCCCGACGUCUAUGGGCACCUGGCAAACUGCUUUUCGAAGCUUGCAAAACCUCCUACCAUAUACAAAGUAAUAGGGAGAAUAGUAUUGGAUGGUAUGGGUCAUCAAACUCUCAGAGUCGAAAUAUUCUGCACAGUUCAAAACCAGGUUAAGAGCAUUACUUCUGCUGUCAUCUCUUCUCACUUGGGAGUACUGGAAACUGUGAUGCCUGAAGUGGUGGAUCAAGUAGAAUUAGAACGGAAUGAAGCCAUCAGUGUGGCUGUGCAAUGGGUUAAUGAGUCAAUGACUGAGCUUCUAGAAGGAUUGGAACCGACCCAACAGGAGGUGGCGGAUCAAUUACUUGCGAAUUUUUUUGCAAACAAAGUACAAGAAGAUAAAGAGAGUAAAGAAUUAGAACUCAGUCUGGAACAGCCAUUAUUUGAAGGGUCUGUCGUACCCCAGCCACCACCACCAUCACCACCUCCACCUCCAAAGAAGAAAGGACAAAGAGGCAGGAAGGAGGUUACUCCAGAGAAACCAAUCCCACCAGCAGAACCUCCUGAGUCCAUACUACAUGGUAGUAUGGCCAUAGGGGCUGUAUCAUUAGCUGUGGCUAAAACAUGUGCCACACUGACCAAUACUCCAUUGUAUUCAAAAAUUGCAUCACUGAAAUACAAACAGGAAUCACCAAAAACACUGGCUCUUCCUUUACUGAUGGUCACUAUGCUCAGUUGUGGGAAGUCAUCAUCUGGAAAGCUGAAUCUGAUGAAAGAAGUGAUCUGUAUUCCACACCCUGGUUUAACAGUUCAACAAGGUGUCACAAUGCUUUUAGAAAUUCAGAAACAAAUUAUAAAGAUUAUUGACAAACCCCAUACUCCAAAACCAGAAACCAAAAAAGGUCAUAAUGGAAAAAAAGGUUCAAUUCAAAUAGUUGGCAAGCUGUCCUAUAUAGGCUGCUUAUCAAUCAACUAUGAUACUAUUGAACAGCCACUGCUCUUACUUCAAGGAAUCUGUGGCAACCUGGGACUUGAGCUAGGGAUCAACUUAUAUUUAGCCAUAAACUGUGCUGCACAUGAACUGAUUGACUAUACUAAAGGAAAGUAUGAAGUGACCACAGGAGUAUUCAAAAAUCCAUCUGAGAUGGUAGAUAUAUAUGUGGACCUGAUCAAUAAAUUUCCUUCAAUUACUGCAUUAAUUGAUCCUGUGAGGAAAGAGGACAUUGAGCAGUGGGACAGCAUCUGUAAUGCUCUUGGUUCCAGGUGUAAUAUCAUCGCAGGGACUGCAUCCAAAAGUAUCCCCAAGCUUCUAGAAGAACAAAAUGUCAGCAUCCCUAAAUCCAGUGGGCUGAUCAUAAAACAUACAAAUCAAACUACAAUAUCCAACUUGAUAGAAGUUACCAAUCUUAUUGAGAGUCAAAAACGCAUUGCCAUCUUAGGAAGUACUGAGGGAGAAUCUUCUGAUGAUAGCCUUGCGGAUUUGGCUGUGGGAUUGGGCGUUCGUUUUCUCAAAUUGGGAGGUCUUUCUCGUGGCGAGAGGAUGACUAAAUACAACCGUCUUUUUACCAUUGAGGAAGAACUGGUCCAGAGUGGAACCCUAACCCCAACAGCAGGGCAAACAUUUAUUGACUUCAAUGAAGAAGACCAAAAAGCAACAGAAACACUUGUGACUUCUUUGUCUUCGGCCAGUACUGGGCGGGCAGAGAGUGAUAUGACCCGCUUCUCCAUAAAAAGUGAAGCCAUAAAAUAAUGUGGAUCUACAAUGAAUUGCAUGGUGUUCCAGUGCAAGGCUAGACUAUGUUAGAAGUGACGAAUCUUGAAAGAUGUUUUUGUACUGAACUUCUCUAUUUUCAUUUUGCAGUAAAAUAAUUCUAAUUACCAAAAAUGGUGGUCACCAACUUUUUUUUUUUCAUAUCCACAAUAGUUCAAAAGGGAUUAAAAAAAUUUCCAAUUCUGUUUACUGUUAAGUAGUUGCUGCCAUAGAAAUACAUUAGUAGUUUGAAAUAUAUUAGUAGUUUCUUUUUGCCAAGCUAACCUUUAGAUUACAAAACUGACCUCUAAGCACACUGUUAAUUUAUUUUUUAAAAAAUCAGAAUUUUUUCUGAGAAUAAUUGAGUUUCCUAGAAGUGGUUCAAAUGAAAUAAUUUAUGCUUCUACAUUUCAUAUAGAUUGAAAAGCAAAUGAUUUGAAAAACAUAAAAGCAAAUUGUGAAUUUCACUGUAUCUUAUGUCUAUGAAUUAUAGACUUCCAUAAAGCCUUACCUUAUAGAAUUCUUCCCCAACCCAUGGGGACCUUUCCCCAUGGGAAGUGACCUUUCCAUUCCAUGACUAUGGCAUCAGUCCCCCUCUUAUGUGAUGAUCAUAAUCAAACUCUGCAUUAAUACUGUAUAGUGUAGUAUUGCUUAUUUGUAUCUCAUAUCACUUUUGAUUGAUUUUAAACUACAUGAAGGAAUGGAACAGGAUUGUGUCAUCUUUGUGUUUUCCCCAGUGCCUAAUACAGUGCUUAGCACUUAAUCAAUAGUUGCUGAAUGAAUCAAUACAUAAGCCCUGAAAAUUCCAAGUGUUUACAUAUAAAUAUCUGUAGAUUAGAGUGAUUAGACAUGAUAAAGAGGUUACUGUUUGCUAUUCAGUGAGAAAUAACUUUUUAAAAAAAUGUAAAGCCUUGGUUUACAUUUUUGAAAUACUAGAAACACUUGCCACACAUGUUGCUCAAGGA